AUGAACGAGCUAGAUAAGAUCUCAAUCCCGAGAUGGCUCAGACUAUCAACAGAAUCGAUCAACAUACAACUCCACGGGUUCGCCGAGGCAUCCAAAUCGGCAAUGAGCGCAGUAGUCUACAUCAGAUUAAAGAAACUUAACGAGCCGGCCUCAAAAAUCAUCGUAUGUGCAAAAACGAGGGUGGCACCACUCAAGGAAGUGACCAUCCCUCGCCUCGAACUCACCGCUGCACUACUGCUCACCCGUCUUAUAAAGACAACUCACCAGAUGCUCGAACUCAACAACGUGGUAACUCACCUCUGGUCUGACUCAUCUGUUGCUCUGGCGUGGAUCACCAGUCAUCCUUCACGCUGGAAGGAAUUUGUCCACAACAGGGUAGCAGAAAUCCAAGAGACAUUGCCAGAAGCAACAUGGAGGCACAUCAGUGGAAAAGACAAUCCAGCAGAUUGUGCCUCAAGGGGGAUCUCAACAAAUCAACUCAUCGAACAUCCACUCUGGUGGUCAGGACCUGACUGGCUUAAUCUAGAGCCAGACCAGUGGCGACAAUCAACAACAGACGUCCCUGCAGAGGUCUCGAUGGAAGCGAAACCAUCACCAGCUCAUCCAGUCGCCGCUGAGGUCAACGUCAACGCGCUAGCAGAGUUGCUAGACAGAUACUCAACACUCUCAAAGGUGCUGCAAGUGUCAGCGACCAUCAACAGGGCAAUCAACAGGUUCAGUAGGCAACCAACACCCCACACACCAGCCCUCACACCUGACGAACUCGACAAGGCUCGGCUGUUCUGGGUAAGACUUACACAAAAACAAUUCUUUGCUUCGGCAAUAAGGAGCCUGAGGAGAGACCAUCAACUGCCAACGGGACAUCAACUGACCAAGAUGACUCCAUUCCUAGAUGAGCUAGGAAUCAUGAGAGUCGGAGGACGACUCAGAAACGCUGAACUAGACGCUGACGAGAUUCACCCCAUCAUUCUGCCUCGCCAGUCGCGACUGACCACACUGAUCAUCGACGAAGCUCACCGACGAACACUACACGGAGGGACUCAACUUACGUUAGCAAUCACCGGCCAAAAUUACUGGAUAAUUGGCGGGAGGGGCACUGUUCGAGCCCAACAGUUGAUGGGACAACUUCUCGCAGCAAGAGUCUCACCAUCGAGAGCAUUCCUCCACACAGGGGUGGAUUAUGCUGGUCAAAUGCCCAUACUCAAGUGGAGACCAACAAAUGCUCAACCAGCCGCGGUGCACAUCGCAGUCUUCGUCUGUCUGAGUAGAUCAGCAGUGCACCUGGAGCUGGUCACGCGUCAAAGCACAGACGCAUUCAUCGCAGCAUUCAAGAGAUUCACCAGGAGAAGAGGAAUCCCCCAAGUGAUAUAUAGUGAUACCGGAAGCAACUUUGAAGGAGUUGCUGGAGUCCUACAUCGACUAUACAACGAGGAAUCACCAGAGAAUCAACAACUUCAAGCUGCACUUGCCACAAAUGGAACUCGCUGGAGCUUCAUCCCACCACGAGCACUCCAUUUUGGUUGUAACCGUAAAUUCGCUUUCUUUAAACGGUCCAAUACCUCUACAAGACCUGCGUUGUGCUCUCUGAGGCUUGCCCCGAAGAUGACAAUGUCAUCGAGGUAG